CGCAGUUUCUUUCUUUACUUCAUCCUGCGUCGUCUCGCUCGAGAGCCCUUUCCCUGAGUUCCCUCCUUCUCCCCAGUCGAAAACCCUAUUCACAGCGUUUUGUCACCUUUGCGCUUUCCAGGAAAGAAUGAGUAGCCGUGCGAGCCGAACUCUCUAUGUCGGCAAUCUUCCUGCCGAUAUUCGCGAGAGAGAAGUGGAGGAUUUGUUUCACAAGUAUGGACGCGUAGCCCACAUUGAUCUGAAGGUACCACCAAGGCCCCCAGGUUAUGCAUUUGUUGAGUUUGAAGAUGCUCAAGACGCUGAAGAUGCUAUUCGUGGUCGUGAUGGCUAUGAUUUUGACGGGCAUCGGCUACGUGUGGAACUUGCACAUGGUGGCCGUGGACAUCCAUCAUCAAGAGAUCGUUAUAGUAGUCAUAGCAAUGGUCGUGGUGGACGUGGUGGAGUAUCCAGGCGCUCUGAAUUUCGUGUGCUUAUCACUGGAUUGCCUUCUUCUGCUUCAUGGCAAGACCUUAAGGACCACAUGCGACAAGCUGGGGAUGUUUGUUUUUCCCAAGUUUUCCGUGAGAACGGUGGCACAACAGGGAUUGUGGAUUACACAAACUAUGAAGACAUGAAGUAUGCAGUAAAAAAACUUGAUGACUCUGAGUUUCGGAAUGCAUUUUCUCGGGGAUAUGUUCGUGUUAGGGAAUAUGAUUCAAAGAGGGAUGCCUCUAGGAGCCCUAGUCGUGGUCGAUCUUAUUCAAGAGGCAGGAGCUAUAGCCGCAGUCGUAGCCGAAGUAUUAGUCGGGGCAGGAGCAAGAGCAAGUCUCCAAAAGCCAAAUCUUCUCACCGUUCGCCUGCUAGAUUGCAGUCGAGGUCUGCUUCUCGAUCUCACUCUCGUUCUCGGCCUGGUUCAAGGUCCCGUUCUAUGUCAGGAUCCCGCUCAAGAUCCAGAUCUCCAGUGCCUGCGCGUGAGAAAAAUAAGAGUAAAAGCCCAAAGAGACGCAGUACAAGCAGGAGCCCAAGCAGGAGCAGGAGCAAGAGCAAGAGCGUAUCCAGGUGAGAUCAGAUUGCAGCUGAUCUGUUAAUCCCUGAAGCACUGAUGAGGGUGUGGUCUUUUUCUGUUUUUUGUUUUUCUUUCUACUGUACCAGAAAUUAUGCUUGGCAAGCAAUGGCAGGCCUAUUAAGUAGAACAGACUGGAGUUUGUGGUUGCAUUUUAAACUGACGACAUGUUUUCUAAAUCUUUUUGAAUCCUUGUUAUGUUGGAACUUCAACAUUUUCCAUGUUUGUAUUUUACAUGAGAUUUGCUAAA